GGGACAGCGCCGCGCGCUAGGAGGAGAGGUGGGGUGGAUGUUGAACCAAGCUUUCCCCGCUAUGUGGCUGCGGCCGGCGGACUAUACAGCUGUCAGUUAGGCCAGCGGUUAGCCAGGUGGCGGCGGCUCUAAGCUCCGGGAAUGUCUUGACGCACUCAGACCCCGCAACGCUACCAGGACAAGACCCCCUUCUCGUAGCAUUAAUACUAUAUCUUGUCGGCCUACUACUCGGGAGAACUAGCAAAGCCCGGAUCAGUUGUGAGCUCCCCAAGAGAGACGGAGACACUGGAAAUGACCAAGGGUAAAGCAUCAAAUGUGUUUUUUUCUUUCUUGACUCCAGCAUGGUGCCUUAGGCUUCUCCCAGUUAUCUUUUUCUUCGUCUCCUUUGUCACCUACUACUGCUCCUAUGCCAUCAUUCAGAGUUACGCAGGCACCAGCAAGUCCGUCAACAGCAGCAAGUCUCUGUGUGGUGGCUGGCUGACGGAGAAGAAGUGGGAGAGCCUAAACUUUAACGUUAGCAGACAGACGCAGCUCUUUCUCAAACUGGAUGAUUUCUUCUGGCGGGAACAUAGAUCAAAGCUGGCGCUACCUUACGGCGUAAAGGGCAGUGAGCCGCAGCUCCUGAAAGUUCUUGCAAUAACAAAUUAUGAGGUGCCGGCCAGCAUAGAAAACCUGGAAUGCAGAACCUGUGUCGUCAUAGGCAACGGCUUCGCCAUUAAAAACACUUCCUUGGGAGACAUCAUUAACAAAUACGAUGUGGUUAUUCGGUUGAACAACUCUCCCGUGAAGGGCUACGAGGAAGACGUCGGCAACAAGACCACCAUGAGGUUCUUCUACCCUGAGUCGGCCUCCUCCAAUCCAGGCUUGAACAACGAGCCCGGCACCCUGAUGGUCUUGGUGCCUUUCAAGCCACAAGAUUUGCGGUGGCUGAAGGAGAUCCUCUACAAUGAGAAGAGGGUCAGGAAAGGCUUCUGGAAGCCCCCUCCCCAAAUCUGGCUGGGUGACGUCGGUCAAAUCCGAGUGCUGGACCCGCACUUUUUGCACCAGACGGAGGAGAAGCUGCUCCGGAUCCCCCUGAACCCCAAGAGCAAACAGUACCCGGUGCAUCCCACCACAGGCAUCCUGGCCAUCUUUGUUGCCCUGAACUACUGCGACGUGGUCCACAUAGCAGGCUUUGGCUACCCGAACUCCAAGAACAUCAAGCACCCCAUCCACUACUAUGGCUAUGACACCAUGAAGUCCAUGAAGCACUCUCAUCAUGACCUCAAUCAUGAAGCGGAAGCCUUAAAAAGACUGGAGGACUCAGGUGCCAUCUUGUCCUUGCACCCGCAUUUGUGAUGCGUUUUUUUCCACUUUUCUCAAUGGGGUCAUUAAGGUCAUUAAGCGGCCAAGUGCAGACUUUUAAAUAGACAUUUCUGCUGCACACUUUGCUUUUUCUAUGCAUCUCUCAAUCAUGCUUUAGUCACAUUCUAACUAUAAAAAUCAGAUAAACAGAUCACACAACUCGUGUUUAUUGGACUGGAAAUGUCCCAAACCUGACUUGCUAAGAACUUUUGCAUUUCUUAUUUAUUUAUUGUUUUUUUUUUCCAAAAGCAAUACUGAUACCACUGGAUGUUUCUAUUGUACAUAAUGAAAAAAGUUUUUUUUAAUAAAAAAAAACUUGACUUUUUUGUACACUGUGGGAGAACUGGUGGCCUUCGUCGGUUGUACCACGUUUGGCCGCUAGAUGGCACUCAACCCAAGGGCAAAUGAAAUUAACUAAUAUAAUACACAUCAUCUAUCCAUUCAUUUUCAAUGCUGCUUAUGCUCACGAGGGUUGCAGGGUUAUGCUGGAGCCUAUCCCAGCCGUAUUUGGGUGAGAGGCGGGGUCGACCCUGGUCUGGUCGCCAGCACAUAUAGAUGCACAAUUAGCCUAGCAUGUUUUUGGAAUGUGGGAGGAAACCAGAGUAUCCAGAGAAAAGCCAUGCAUGCACGAGGAGAACAUGCAAACUGUGUGCAAACCACACAGAGAAUCGAACCCAGGUUUUCCUGAUCUCUCUUGACUCAUUCACCAUGCGACCCACACAACAUAUUAAAAUACAUUAUUCAAAUGAAAUAUUGCAAAACAAGUACAAUAUAAGUAUAUGAGUAGUAGUAG